UGGACAGAAAUCGAGUGUGACAAGGUUAGAGAAGGGAAAAAAAAGGGUAAUGGAGAGCGCCGCCGUCUUCUCAGGUCUGGGAUCAAAUUACCUUCUAGGUACUUCUCGUGGCGUUUCUUCUCUUCUCCCCCCAUUCUUCAAUGACAAAAGAAUCUCCUUUCCUGCCCCGCUCCAGCUUCAAAAGCAGUCUUCUUUUUCUUCUUUUAAUAAUGUUCAAGCGGCUUCUUCUGCAAGGUUUGAUGCGGCAGUAUCUGGUGUUUACAGUGAAGUAUCUGAAUUAGCUGACAUGGACUGGGACAACCUUGGAUUUGGGUUUAUGCCUACUGAUUAUAUGUAUGUCAUGAAAUGUUCUCGAGGUGGGAACUUUUCCAAAGGAGAAUUGCAGCGAUUUGGGAACAUUGAGAUGAACCCAUCAGCUGGUGUCUUAAAUUAUGGGCAGGGACUAUUUGAAGGUCUGAAAGCCUAUAAGAAAGAAGAUGGUAAAAUUUUACUGUUUCGUCCUGAGGAAAAUGCACAGCGAAUGAGGAUGGGUGCUGAGAGAAUGUGCAUGCCUUCUCCAACAGUUGAACAGUUUGUGGAAGCUGUAAAGGUUACUGUUUUAGCAAAUGAACGCUGGGUUCCCCCACCAGGUAAAGGUUCCUUGUAUAUCAGACCGUUACUUAUGGGGACUGGAGCGGUUCUUGGUCUUGCACCUUCUCCUGAAUACACCUUUCUGAUUUAUGUUUCUCCUGUUGGAAACUAUUUCAAGGAAGGGUUGGCACCAAUAAAUUUGGUGAUUGAGGCUGAAGUCCAUCGUGCAGCCCCAGGUGGUACUGGAGGUGUAAAGACUAUAGGAAACUAUGCUGCGGUUCUGAAGGCACAGUCUGCUGCAAAAGCCAAAGGCUAUUCUGACGUUCUGUACCUAGAUUGUGUUCACAAAAAAUAUCUGGAGGAGGUUUCCUCAUGUAAUGUUUUUACUGUAAAGGGUAACGUUAUAUCUACUCCUUCAAUCAAAGGGACGAUCCUGCCUGGCAUUACACGGAAGAGUAUUAUUGAUGUUGCUCGUAGCCAAGGUUUUCAGGUUGAGGAGCGCCCUGUAUCAGUGGAUGAAUUGCUUGAUGCUGACGAAGUUUUCUGUACAGGAACAGCUGUUGUUGUAUCACCUGUGGGUAGCAUAACUUACCUAGGCAAAAGGGUUUCUUAUCAGAAUAAUGGAAUUGGUGUCGUAUCACAACAACUAUAUUCUGCACUCACAAGACUACAGAUGGGUCUUACAGAGGAUGUGAUGAACUGGACCAUGGAGCUGAAGUAGGCAUACAGGAGAACAUAACCAGUUUAGCUUGCUAUUUGACUUGUGCAGAGGUAGCCUUGAUCCAUCCUCUGAAUGUAAAAAUUGCGCUUAGUGUCAGUUUUUCAAGUGAUCUCUUGAUGGUUUUCUAGAAUGCUGUUUAAUUGUCUUCAUAUUUUCUACACUCUGGGACUUAGGUUACUGAACCAAUCUUGGUGAUUAGGCCCAGGAAGAUUACUGUUUGAUAGGAAGGUUGUUUUUUUCUCUAUUAUGAUGUUGGUAAUGCCUAUUUCUAAGUAGUUGCAUUGUAUGAUGAA